AUUGUCCCAUCAUUUUCACAUACAUUACAAUAUAAGCGCAUUACAAAAAUAAUAAAGUACUAAACGAAAUUGUUCAUAAUGGCAGCAAACUCAUGUCUUUUAAUUUUAAUACUAGAGUUGGUUUUUUCUUUAACGACUGUGUCAUCAUCUCCAUUAACUAAUAUAAUUGUGUCUAGACCUAUUGCCGAAAAGAUAAGCAAUGCAGUGGGGAAGUUGAAUUUAUCAAAAGAAACAAAGGUUGCGUUUUUGAAGCAAUACAUCAAUGUUGGAAACUACUCAAAGGAUUUCAUUGAGCUGCUGAAUACUUACAAGACAUUUAAGGACCUUCCCAUUAGUUUUAAUGCAGCCGAAAUAAGAAUAUUGACCAGCAACACAGAAGAUUCAUUAAAUCUUAAAACACUUGCUCAACUGAAAUACUACCGCAAAGGUCAAGAAAUUCAAUGCGCACAAUAUGUGAUAUUGCAGUACAUUUUAUAUGGGACAACUCGGGAUAAUAUAGGCAUUUUUAACCAUGUAGAUAAUAUGAUAGUGAUGGCAUACAAAGGGAAAUUUAUAGUGUUCGACUGGCUUUGGAAAUUACAUAUCAACCUAUGGACACCUUCAUUAUACCUUGUGGCACAAUCAUUGAAUAUGGAUAGAGUCGAGUGUGAUCUAGAACAGUUUCGAAAACCUUUAGCUGAUUUGGUGGGUAUGUGCGCAGAACAUAAAUACACAACGGACAUAUUUAAACUUCUACAAGACCCUAAUCAUACAACAAGUAGGAAAAUUGAGGAAUGUCAUACUUUAAACGUUGAUAAACAUAUACAUUAUAAUUACAAGAAACCUUUGCUCCCUAUCACCUCACAUUUAUUCUUUAUGAACUUUUGGAGUCAAGAAUCGGUUUUGAUUAGACCAAUGCCUUAUGUUGAUAUUGACUGGGAUGUGAUUAAGGAAAGGCACAAUUGUGAGCUUAGAAAGGUCUAUGAUCAGUUUAAUGUUAAGCAAGAUUGGACGAACGAUCCGUUUAGACAUAUUAAAUUUCAGCAAAUGUUUAUAGAUAUUUUCAGGGUAAAACUAUAUUGUUUCAUUUGGGUGACACUGUAUACCAAUCCUAGCGUCCAUAUAAUUAGUAAUACUGUCAAGAAACUGAUUGCUAACUUGCUUGAGAUCAGCUACAUUGAAGACAAAACGUUAAACCAAGUAUUAACGUUCUGUGAUGAACCAAAUCAAGGGCAGAUUAAAGAAGUUUUGAAAAUAAUUGUUGAUGAAGUAAAUAGGAUUUUGACAUAUUUAAUUGGGCAUACUAAUAAAACUGAAUUGGUCGACAUUUCAAAGAUUAAUAAAGUCGCACCAUCUGUUAUUAGAAACGCAAUUGAAACACAUUUACAAGAAUUAGAAGGAUGGUAUAAACCAAAAUUAAAAGGACUAACACUUGAUGUUUUAUCGUUCUUUAUUGAUGGAAGUAAAAAUACUCAUCUUUCGGUUUUCCCUGGAAAUUGA